AUCAGCCCAUAAUUAAUCUUCGAAUCUCUGGAGAUGGAAGAAAUGUAGGAAGAAAAGUAAAACAUGUGGUUAUCACGAUAGCUAUUUUAGAUGAUAAAAGUACAUUAUACAAACCAGAUCAUCAUUAUACGACUAUACUCUAUCCUGGAUGUGAAGAUUAUGAGUCUCUAUCAAAUGCAAUGACCCAAUUCUGUCGUAAUUUAAGAAAUUUAAAAGAAGGACUGGUAAUUAAUAAUGUGAAAUGGAAUUUUCAAUUUUAUUUUUCAUCUGAUUGGAAAUUCUUAGCAAUUUGCUUAGGUUUUAACAGUGCGCAUAGUAAAAAUUUCUGUCCUUGGUGUACAAUCGAUAAAUCACAACAAGGAGAUCUAUCAAAAGAAUGGAAGAUUAGUAAAGAAAUGGAAAAAUUAGUUGAAAAGAGUAAUUAUUAUAAAGGACAUAUAAGAAACUCACUUUUUGAUAUGAUACCUCUUAAUCAUUGGGUUCCUGAUGAGUUGCAUAUUAUGCUUCGAAUUACUGAUCAUUUAUGGAGUCUUGUGAUAGCAGAACUAAUGGAAUAUGGUUUAUUUAAUGAUACUACACGAAAAAUAAUUGUGGAGGAAAUGAAAAGAAUUAAAGUUAGGUUUCAGUUUUGGCAAAUCCAAGAAACUAAGACUUGGAACUACACGUUGUAAUAACCGAAAAUAUUAUGAAAUAAAAUAAGGAUAAAUAAUUAGCUGAAGGAUAAAUAAUUAGCCAAUAAAAUUAUAUUUAUAGUUUAGUUUAGU